UCUUGAUUGUCUAAACUAAUAAUUUAUAAUAACAAACUGUUUGAUGUGACUGGAAUACAAUAAGGUGUAAUUAGUUUUGUACUGCAUUUUAAAUAGUCGAAGGCAACAACGCUUUUCUAGCGAUCUUGGCGGAUUUAUUGUUUCGAGUUCGCAAGCGAUCGAGUGGCGGCUUGUUAAUGAGAUUCAAAUGUACACCGACAAUGCCCAGGAGUUGAGUUAAAUCGUUGGUCUUGUUUAUUGCCAAUUGAACGUAAUUGAUGUAUUCUGGGGACUGGAAGCAUUGAAGGAAAGUAAUUCAUUAAAAGCUAAAUUCAUUGAAAGAAUAUUUUAUAAACGUCUAUAUAUCUUGUUCAUCUGAUUUUAAUUAAAAGCGGAUGUAUAGUAUGUAUAAAGAAAGUCAGUUUGUCUUUGAUAAACGUACAGGGAAUAUACACUCGGCUACGUGACGACAUAUAAUUAUUUAUGCAAUACCGACUUUAAUUUGAGCGAGCCAGACUGCACGAGACCACAUAACUCAGUGGACACUUAAAGAAACUCACCUGCUGCAGUUUUCUCUUUGGUACACAAUUGCUGUCGACAAUCUAUGAAGCCAUGAACUCAAGUGAUGAUAUCAUUUAUAUAACAUGUAUUCACCCAGACAAAGUAUACCACUUCGGCCCAGCGGGCUCCUACAGUUUGAUCAACAUUCCGCUGAUAGUCAUCAACUCAUUGUUACUGCUUUUUACAAUCCUUGGAAAUUUCACUGUUAUUUUGGCGUAUUUUCGUAAUACUAGUCUUCAGAGCGUCCCGAACAUGUUGCUGAUCACUCUCGCUUUUACAGAUCUGUUUGUGGGGGUCGUAGCGCAGCCUUUGUUUAUGGCAGCACUAUUGAGAGACGUGCUGAGUUCAAAACCGUUAUGCUGGUUGGCGUUGUUGUCCAGUGUGACUUUGAAGUUUUGUGGAGGAGCUUCGUUCUUGACUUUAAGCUUAAUUAUUUCGUUGGAACGGUAUUUCGCAAUCUGUCAUCCCUUCAAACAUCGUCUUUGGGUCACCAAGACAAAAGUUAAACGAGCAAUUUUUAUUUUAUGGUUAUUUUUACUUGCCUUAACUGGCUCGCUUCUUCUUGGUUUCAACUACAAUGUAUAUUUUGUAAUUCUAACUCUUAUGACUUUCACCGGAAUAGUUGUACUAACGUUUGCGUGCUGUGGUAUAUUGAUGAAAUUAAAAACACGACGUGAAAGACAUGUUUCUGUUGACGAUAUCGAUGGACGCAUACGAAGUCACGUUUCUCCAAGUACAACUUCAAACGAAGCGGAAAAACGCGAUUAUAAAAUUGCUGUUACGAUGUUUUAUAUCAUUGGCGCAAUUGUUGUUUGUUACACGCCAAUGUUCGCUGCCAUCAUAUAUGCUCAAGUCAUAGGAAACAGGGACAAACUGUACCUAAAGUACUUUUACCCGAUCGCGAUGACCUUAAUAUUUUUGAACAGUAGUUUAAAUCCUGUCAUCUAUUGUUUACGGAACAGAAAGUUUAUAAGCGCGAUACGAAAUUUGUGCGGAGUUUCCCGCAACGAAGCCAAUUCUAGCGCUUACACGAUUUCAAGCUCUAAUUUUCUAGCCUAGGAAUGGAAUUGACUUGCACUAAAUUUAUUCACGUUGUAAUUUGUAAAAGUAGAGAAAGUAUAAAUCAGUAUAAUAGUACGUGUUAGUUCGUUGAUUAAGAAAUGGCUGGAAGAAUUCAACUGGGUGUGUCAGUAUGUGACUAAUGAGUAAUCUAAAUGCUUUAUAUUUGUACGCAUGCAAUUUUCACAUUCAAACCUCAAGAAAAAUGGAUUAAUUUUCAUCGCAUUGAAGAGCACUUUAGUUUGUGGCCCCCAUGUUGGAUUCGGAAACUACUUUUAUCAUGAACAGCUGUUUGUAACUUGAUAUCAAACUUAUCUUACAUGUUUCUUGAGGGUUGUGUUGAAAAUUUGCUUUUCGUGUAGGAGAUUACAUAAUUUCAUGUAUUAAUAAUUUAGUACUCGAUAUUGAACGUAUUCUUGUUAUUAAUAAAUAUUCCCAAACACA